AUGAAUUGGUUGAUCUUUUUCGUAUUUCCUGUUACUCAAUCGUAUUUGUUCGGAUGUUAUUAUGAUUACAACCAGCCGUUAGUUCUACCUGAACAGUUGCCGGUUGAUACUUGUACGCAUGUCUUACUGAUUGGAGCAGUUCUUGUAAAAAAUCUAGGUGUGACUGUUGUUCAACACCCCUACAAUGGUUUCGAUGUCUUGCAAAGUAUGAGAGAUUAUCGUGUACGAAGCUCGAAUGGACUGAAAUUUGUUCCAUCAUUGCUUGGAGAUGAUGUCGAAUGGAAAAUUGCAUUAAAAGAUGCGGAAUCUCGCCGAAUAUUCAUCGCAGCUCUAAUCGACUUUGCUAAAUCACAAAAAAUUGAUGGAUUCGAUUUCGAUUGGGAAUAUCCAUGUGGAGAUUAUAAAUCAAUCUACACUGAUUUCAUUCAAGAACUUCGUACGACUGUUCUCAGAAUCUUCGGGAAGGAGUUUCUGCUUACAACUGCCGUUGGCGCAGGCAAAAAUACAAUAGAUGAUUGCUACGAAAUGGCCAAACUAGGUCAAUUGCUUGAUCUAAUUCAUCUAAUGACCUAUGAUUAUCACAGUAUUUACGAUAAACAAACCGGAUACAGUUCGCCUAUUUACUCAAAGAGUGUUGAGACAGGCGACGCCCGGUAUUUCAACACGGAAUGGAGUGCUGCUUAUCUUGUUGAACUAGGUGUACCACGGGAGAAGAUUCUCAUCGGACUCGAAGGGCUCGGCCAUACAUUUCAGUUGAUGGAUAGCACUAUCCAUGACUUUGCAGCACCAGUGGUAGGUACGGGUUACGGCGGAGGAUGGAUGACAUUUGUGGAGUUCUGCUUACUUAUUAAAUCUGCUGGCUCACAUUGGGAUGAUGAAGCGAAAGUGAACUAUACAUAUUAUAAGGAUCAAUGGACAAAUGUAGGUGAUGUACGAGCCGCUGCAGAAAAAGCACUCUUUGUCAAAGCAAAUGGUUACGGUGGUGCAUUUACUUUUGGCCUUCAUCUCGAUGAUCCAGCUGAUAUUUGUCAACAUGGUGAAACUUUCCCAAUUCAUCGUACAGUCGCUCGAUAUUUGCAAUAA